AUGUUUAGACGUUGCUACUCUAAUUUCGUACCACGAUAUGCUUUCCCGGAUUAUAGGCUACCUCUAACGGACUUUAAAGGCCACCAAAUGCGCGCUAUUCAACGAUUUAAACAAUUGCUACCACAACUGAAUCUUUUAUUGGAACUUCGAGACAGUAGAGCGCCUAUAAGCACGAGAAACGUUAUUUUUGACGAUCUGAUGGUGAACAAACGAGGGGAGAACUCGCAGAGGCUGGUUCUUUACACCAAAUCUGACCUUUGUCCUAAAGAAACAAUUGAUAAAUUGAAGCUAUGGCAUUCACGAAUGGGAGAUGAGUUCAUGACACUUGAUUGUAGAUCGACCAAAGAAGUGCGGAACUUGAUACGGAUUUUGGAAUGGAAAUAUGACGAAAUUGUAAAACAAAGUUUGGGGGAUGUGGCUGGAAAUGAAGGUUUGCCCCUAGGGUAUCGAAUCUUGGUUGCCGGAAUGCCGAACGUGGGAAAAUCCACGCUGGUCAAUACACUGAGGUUUGUGGGAUCUUCCAAGACGAGAAACUUGAGCGAAAGCAUCCACGGUUCGGUAUCGCAUAGGAGACGCAAAGUGGCGAAAACGGGUGGACAAGCUGGCGUUACCAGGGCGACCAGCGAAUGCAUUCGCAUUGCAGACCAUAGGGGCGGUAUCUAUUUGUAUGACACACCUGGGGUAUCGUUACCGGGCCGUGUCACGACGCGGGAAAAAAUGUUAAGUCUUAGCCAAUGUGGAUGUGUCAAGGGCACGUUGGUGGAUCCAAUUAUUCAGGCCGAUUAUUUGCUUUACGUGAUGAACUUGCAGGACACGGAUGCUUACACACAUUAUACCAAGGGUGUGCCCACAAAUAACGUUUACAAAAUUUUGAGUGGAGUUCGCAAAGCGACUGGUAUCAAGGACGAUAACGGCGCAGCCAUCCAUUGGAUCGACAAAUGGCGUCAAGGAAGUCGUGAAACAAAGCAAAAAACUUCCUUUGACGUGGAAACGUUAUUGGACGACCAAAGUUUUUCGUAUCGAAACCUGGUGGAGCGUGAAUUGAAGCAAUUGGGGCCCUGGUUGCAUGUGGCACCUAAACCGGGUCAGAAAACUUCCAAACAGGCAUUGAGAGCUAAGAAUAGUAAUCAAUUGUUUGAUUUGUGA